AUACUUACGAGUAUAUAAAAACAUAUAUCAGUAAGUGUCAAAUUGCUGUUUGGUGAUAUUGUAUCAUGGAUUUAAGAGCUUUCCUUUGUCUUGCUCUUGUUGUCUGUACCAACGCCUCUAGCGUAUACGAGUACUCUCACUCUCAUCAUCCAAAAGUUACAAAAUCAGUAGUUGUUCAAACGUAUGUACAUCGUCCCAGACCAAUACCACUUGCUACACGAGCUUUCGCCGGAAUAGCAUCUCAAGUAUUAGCUAACUAUGCAGAAUCAAAAGUUCCGACGGUAGGUAUUCCAGUGGGUGCGAAAAAGAUUUAUCCUGUGGAAUACGCAUCGCAUUCGCCACAUGUAGUGCCAUAUGUUACUAAAAGUAAAAGCUAUUAUCACUCUGAGUUACCAGUGUCUGCCUAUUCGUCUCCGAUUUUAGAAAAAAGUUUUUAUGGUGGAUCACUGGGCUACGAUAGUCACCGUGGAUCACUACUAUCAAGUCAUUCCUAUGGUGGAUCAUUGGCGCAUGGUGGUAAUCAUGGUUCACUACUGUCAAGUCAUUCCUAUGGUGGUUCACUUGAGCAUGGUGGCCAUCAUUACUAUUAGUAGUAUUACCAGUCAGUAAAGAAUUAUAAGUUCUAAUUACCAGAAUAAGGUUAGAUGCUGUUAUAGAGCAUAAGUACAAGGAGAAGAGCGACAAAUUUGGUAAAUUGUUUAAGGCUGUUAGUUAUUUAUUUUUUAAUUUUAAAUAAAUAUUCGC